AUGGCCGCUAAGCUCGCAGCGCUCGUCGUCUUGGUCGCGUUCCUCGCCGGGCCGGCGGCGUGCGAGGGCGCCAGCAUUUGCUUCAACGGCUGGCUGAGGCUACCCACCUUCAACCCAUGGCUCUGUUCUCGCGGCUCCAGGAUGAGAAGCCGUUCGUGGCAGCGGGGGGCUUCUCCCUCGGGGUUAGGGCUCGGCCACGGCUACUACGACAACAGGUGGUCGAAGUCGUACUGCCCCAGAGCGGAAGUGAUCGUGAGGGGUGCCGUGAAGGACGCCGUGGCCGCGUACCCUGGCAUUGGUGCGGGGCUUAUCCGUCUCUUCUUCCACGACUGCUUCGUUCGGGGGUGUGAUGCUUCCGUCCUCCUCACCACGACCAACUCCAAUAACAGCGACACAGAGAGGGAAGGCCUUCCCAACAAGAACAGCCUGCGAGGGUUCCAGGUGAUCGACGCGGCCAAGGUGGCAAUCGAGGCCGCCUGCCCCGGCAGGGUCUCAUGCGCCGACAUCGUCGCCUUCGCCGCCCGCGACGCAUCCUACUUCCUCAGCAACCGCAGGAUCAACACCCGGAUGACAGGCGGCCGCUACGACGGGCGUGAGUCCUUUGCCAACGAGACCGACCAGCUGCCCGGGCCCUUCUCCACUGUCACGGAGCUCCAGACGAGUUUCACGGCCAAAGGGCUCACCUCAGAUGAGAUGGUCACGCUCUCUGGUGCGCACACAAUCGGCCGCGCCCGCUGCAUGUUCUUCUCCAGCCGCUUCUCUGAAAUGGACCCGGCAUUUGCCGCCAAGCUCAAGGCCCAAUGCAAUGGCAACGACGACACCAACGUGAAGCAAGACGAUGUGACCCCCUAUGUCCUGGAUAAGCAGUACUACCGAAACGUGAUCGAUCGGAGAGUGUUGUUCACCUCCGACGCCGUGCUCAACUCGAUAAAAACGAUAACACAGGUGACAGAAAAUGCGAACAUUGCCGGGACGUGGGAGAGGAAGUUCGAGAGAGCCAUGGAGAACAUGGGAAAAAUCGGGAUCAAGACCAGAGCCGACCAAGGUGCAGAGAUCAGGAAGGUAUGCUCGAGAGUCAACAACUAAAGUUAGCUAGUAGUAUAAUGCGGGGUGGCUGGCUGGCUCAUGGCGGGGUCGCCUAAUGGACGAGAUGUAACUUCGUCUAGCUAUUGUCAUUGUUGGUUUUCUCACACUAAUUAAUGUUUGUGUGUUAAUAAAGACAUAAGUAGGAGUACACAAGUAAUAACUGUGU